AUGUGUAGCUCUGUUGCUGCCAAGUUGUGGUUUUUGACAGAUUGUCGAAUCAGUGAAGACUAUCCCCCAAAAGAGAUCUUACGAGCAUUAAAGGCCAAAUGUUGUGAGGAGGAACUGGACUUUAGGGCUGUGGUGAUAGAUGAGGUGGUGCUAACAAUCGAGCAAGGAAACCUGGGUCUUUGUAUCGAUGGAGAACUAAUUACUGCCUAUCCUCAGGUGGUGGUAGUGACAGUACCAACCCCUUGGGUGCAAAGUGAUAGUGACGUCACUGUUUUGCGCCAUCUAGAGAAGGUGGGAAGCAGGUUGAUGAACUGACCUCAAACCAUCCUGAACUAUGUUAAUAAGUUCUGGAUGUUUCAAGAGUUGGCAGGUCAUGGUGUUCCUCUGCCAGAUACUUUCUCUUACGGUGGUCAUGAAAAUUUUGUUAAAAUGAUUGAUGAAGCAGAAGUACUGGAGUUCCCAAAGGUGGUGAAGAAUACACGGGGUCAUAGAGGCAAAGCAGUUUUCUUGGCUCGCGAUAAGCACCCUUUGGCUAAUCUAAGCCAUCUUAUUCGCCAUGAAGCUCCAUACCUAUUUCAGAAAUAUGAUAAAGAGUCUCAUGGAAGGGAUGUACGUGUCACUGUCGUGGGAUGUCGUGUGGUUGGCACAAUGUUACGCUGUUCAACAGAUGGGAGGAUGCAAAGAAACUGCUCACUAGGUGGUGUCGGGAUGAUGUGCUCAUUGAGUGAACAAGGGAAGCAGCUAGCUAUGCAGGUGUCUAACAUCCUGGGAUCGGAUGUGUGUAGCAUUGACCUGUUGAUGAAAGACGACAGCUCCUUCUGUGUCUGCGAGGUCAUUGCCUUUGAUAAGGCGUGUAAUCUAGAUGUAGCUGGUAUCAUAGUGGACUAUGCCGCCUCCCUUCUGCCCUCUGGCCGGCUCACCCGGCGUAUGUCCCUGCUCUCCAUGGUGUCCAUGGCCAGUGAGACUAGUGAGCCGGAGUUGGAGCUCCCAGCCAAUACUUCUGUCGACAACAUGAGCGCAAGUUCCAGCUCUGUUGACAGCGAUCCUGAAACCACGGAACGAGGGCUGCUCACCAAGCUCGCAGGGGGCCUAUUCAACGGAAACCAACUGCUAGCCAAUGAAAUCAGACUCCUGGUGGAGUGA